GAGGAGACCAGGUUGCAAAUGACAUGUUUGUUCUAUUCAGACAGAUUUAGAAAGAGCAUGUAGGAUGGACAGCAGCACACACCACACAAGAGGAACCCUCCCCCAACCAGGGGGCUCAGCUACUGAGUACAUCCCAUUUUAAAACACAUCCAACUUUCCUGCAAAAAAAGUCCCCACGAAGGAUUCUUUGUGCCUGUCUGUACCAGCACCAAAUCAGAAGGCUUCUGUUGAAGAAGAAAACAAAUUGUGCACCAUCAGGAUUUUGAACACAAAGGUUGUACUACUGUCCAGCACCAACCCACAGAGGUCCUCUUGCUCCCACUUGUUCCUUGACUGGCCAUGUUGGCAUUUUCUUGGCUCCCAGGGCAGCCGCACACCAAUACCUCUCCCCCCGGGUCCAUCAUGACUGUUUUGCUGGACAGAAUCCAUGACUCCUCCACUGAUUUCAAUGUCUCACCAGGGACUCCUCGCCCAUGUCUGCUGAAUCAGUCUCAAAGAGACUGUGAGUUGGGCUUGUGUUGCUCUGAGGGAUCUCAGGCUGGCAGCAGCUCCCUGGGGCCAGCCAUCUCAUUAGUGCUGCCUAUCAUCUAUGCCCUGAUCUGUGCCAGCGGUGUCCUGGCCAAUGGACUGGUGAUCUCCGUAGUGCUGGGCUGCAAGCAGAAGGUAGUGUCCGACAUCUACAUCCUGAACUUGGCGGUGGCUGACUUGCUUUUCCUGGUUGGGAUGCCAUUCAUCAUUCACCAGCUUCUUCAGGAGCAAGGCUGGAUUUUCGGGGACUUCCUGUGUUGGGCAGCUACCACCAUCGAUCUCAAUAAUCAGUUCAGCAGCGUGGCCAUUGUCACUUUGCUCUGCAUAGACAGGUAUGUGGCAGUGGUAUACUCCUCUACCAUUGGCCAGAAGCGGACCUUGCGCUGUACAGCUCUGAUCAACAGUGGUGUAUGGGUUGUAAGCCUAGCUCUGGCCACACCUGCUAUGUUGUAUGCUCGAGUGCACUGGGACAACAAAACCGAGAUCUGUCUCAUUGACUUACCUGGUCCCCACAGUAUGUACUGGUACACCCUCUACCAAUCGCUGGUAGCCUUCCUGUUGCCCUUGCUGGUCAUUACUGUGCUGUAUUCGCUGACUCUGCACCACCUUUUCCGAGCCAUGCGCCGUGUGCAUAGGAAGGCAUCUGCCCGCAGCCGGAAGGUGACCCGCAUGGCUCUUACUAUUAUUGCAGCCUUUUUUGUCUGCUGGACACCUUACCAUGUGCUGCAGUUGGUCAAUCUAACAGCCACACCUUCUGCUACCUUCUUCUACCUGUACCAGGCUACUAUAUGUCUCAGCUACGCCCACAGCUGCGUCAGUCCCAUCCUGGUUAUUUUCUGCACUGAGUUCUUCCAUGAGAGGAUGGCCCAGUCCAGGUACUGCAGAUUUAUCACCAGGAGGAGAAAGACACGAGAAAAAGAUUCCUUUUCUGUCCCCGAAAUCACAGCCAUGAUGUAUAGCCCUCAAGUGAGCCAUGCUAUGUCUCCGUGCCAUUGCAAUCCAUUUGGGGCAGAAAAGCCUUUGUGUUCCUUUACAGAGGCUACUGGAUUCAGUGAUGUUGUCAGCUGGCACGAGGAAGGCAGUGUGAUUCAAGAACCUCUGUGAUUGCUGUACGGAUAGGGUAAUGAUGCUUCUCCUGAAGCACAUGUCUCAGGGCAUGUUGCAGUUCUUGAAAGGGGUUCAGGUGGUGUUGACAAUGCACAUCACAAUCCAAAAACCUCCUGGUUGCAAGAGUUAUGAUGAAAGGGCAUCACGCCUAAUUGCAAGAUGAAAUGGAAACCAUCUAAGAACGCUUGUGGAAGAGAAUUAGAUGAAGACAUUUUGAAUCAUGGGUGGGACGGCUUGUGGCAGAGCUAGGCUUUAGCGUACCCUGAUGAAUGGGGUAAAAAGCCUUCAUGGUCAGCACUCAUUGAAACAUCUAGAAAAACUGGGAGGAGAUGUGAUCAUGUUGGGGCUGCUAGUCUGUGUGUGGAAAAUGUUGAGGGAAAGACAAAGUGUGAGAGAGUACUGGAUCCUUCCUGGUGAGGGAAGAGAAGUGUGAGGGAAA